GUGACAGCGACACGGCUCUAUAUGAGCAAAAGGAGCAGCAAGCAUCAGGACCAGUCGGGAGUCAGCCAGCGCUCCUCCUCAGCUGUGCGCGCAAAAAGGCAGACCCGCUCGCCGGCUGCUCUCAUUUUCCGCUUUUCUGGCGAGCGACACAUGUGAGUUUGUUUCUGCGACUUUCACAGGACGAGGAUCUGGAGUGAGGACACGCAGGUAAACGGAAUCCAGGCUUCUUUUUUUAAAACAGAGAGGAGGAAAGGAAAUCCCCCUCCCUUCACCGCUACCACCUUUUUUCCUCCUCCUCGGACCUCUGUUCUCUUCUGGAGACACAAGUUUCUCACGCGCACAGAGAGGGAUGCUGCACGUCCUCCAGCCGCACUUGCACACAGAGGGAACCUAAAAGUGAACCAGGGCGGAAUUACUCUCAAGCUCAAGCGCACCCAAAAAGAAACGGACACUUUAAGUGAGUGGAAGGAUCAGCGCGCACCAGAAAAUGAUUCCUGUCGGCGACGUGAUACCCCGUCGCAUCCCGUCUGAUGUUUGACACGUUGGAGGACCGGCUAGAGGAACUGGAGGAGGACGUCGCAAAGUCAGAGAAUCCAUCCCGAGCCCCGCUUGAGCGUUUUUACUGGAGUCCGAACAACAGCCCGCCGUCCAGAUGCAGUUUCGACUCUUCUCCUUUGCCCUGAUCGUAUUGAACUGUAUGGAGUACAGCCACUGUCAGGCGCCGUCGCAACGCUGGAGGAGAAGCAAAAGAGCGAGCUAUGGAGCGUACCCCAUCUGUAAAGGCUGCUCGGUGUGCUCCAGAGAUAACGGCUGCGUAAACUGCCAGCCCAAACUCUUCCUGUUCCUGCGGAGGGAGCGGAUGAGGCAGUACGGCGAGUGUCUCCACGACUGUCCGGCCGGAUACUACGGCAUGCGCAGCCCCGAUCUCAACAUGUGCUCCAGGUGCAGGAUAGAAAACUGCGAGUCCUGCUUCAGUAAAGACUUCUGCACCAAGUGCAAGUCAGGUUUUUACCUACACAAAGGGCGCUGCUUUGACAAGUGCCCCGAGGGCUUUGCCCCACUGGAAGACACCAUGGAGUGUGGAGAGGGCUGCGAGGUGGGCCAGUGGAGCGAAUGGGGAGCGUGCACCAGGAGAAACAAAACCUGUGGCUAUAAGUGGGGUCUGGAGACCCGGACGCGGCACAUUGUAAAGAAACCGCCGAAAGACACGAUACCCUGUCCCACCAUCGCCGAGUCCAGGAUGUGCAAGAUGGCCAUGAGGCACUGCAGGAGAGGUGGUUCAGGGAAACACCGAUCCAAAGAACCAAAGAAGAAGAACAAGCAGAGGCUGCGGUUUCGGGCCCAGAACCAGCACAGCGACCACUUGGCUUCUGCGCGCUCCAGCCAGUGAGAACUGACACUAUCCAUU